GAAGAAGACCGUGCUGGGCGAGGAGAUCCGUCAUGUAGAAAAGGCAUCAUCUGCCAUGUACUUUAGCUACAACACACAACUUGGCCCCCCCUAUCACAUCCUCAUUGAUACCAACUUCAUCAACUUUUCAAUCCAGAACAAACUUGAUAUCAUCGAGGCCUCAAUGAAUUGCCUGUACGCCAAGACAAUCCCCUGCAUCACUGACUGUGUGAUGGCAGAAUUGGAGAAGCUGGGCCGCAAAUACCGCGUGGCUCUUCGUAUGGCCAAGGAUGAACGCUUCAAGCGCCUACCCUGCAUGCACAAGGGCACCUAUGCCGAUGAUUGCCUUGUGGAACGCGUUUCACAGCACAAGUGCUACAUUGUCGCAACCUGCGACCGCGACCUGAAGCGGCGGAUACGCAAAGUUCCGGGUGUUCCCAUCAUGUAUAUUGCACAGCGCAAGUACACGAUCGAGCGCAUGCCGGAUGCCUUUGGCGCCCCCGCCACCAAAUGAAGGACGAGGAUGUGAAUGCUUUGCCAGUAAACCCCAACAUCUUGAAGCUAGUGUCACGUGUGAACAUUUGCUAUUCUUUGUAUCAUUGCUUCGGUCUAUAGGGCGGCUAUGUUUGGUUUGGAAUCCUCCUGCUGCUCCAUACGCUCGUUUGAGGCGACCGUGUCGCCAGAUGUCUUUUGCUCUUCACAACGGGCAAUAUCGCUCAAAUCACACUUGUCUUCACCGACAAUUGAGUCGGCGCAUUGCCUUGCUAACA